AUGUCCCAAGGGACCCCAUCUCCGACCUGGCUCCCGUCCCUUCUGCGUCGAUCCCGGACCUCAUCUUCUCUCACAGGUGCGGUGAUGUGGGUGGAGGUGGGUGCCUGGACGUACCACUACAGUGACCAAGGGGACUACACAUGGGAGCAGGCCAGGAACUACUGCCAGACCUUCUUCACCGACCUGGUGGCGAUCCAGAACAAGCGGGAGAUCGAGUACCUCAACGAGAGCCUGCCCUUCCAUGGGCGCUACUACUGGAUCGGCAUCCGCAAGCUGGGUGGCACCUGGACCUGGGUGGGCACCAGGAAGGCGCUGACGAAGGAGGCGGAGAACUGGGCAGCCGGGGAGCCCAACAACCGCCGCUCCAACCAGGACUGCGUGGAGAUCUACAUCAAGCGGCAGCGGGAGUCGGGCAAGUGGAACGACGAGCCCUGCAACCGGAAGAAAAAGGCGCUGUGCUACCGGGCCUCCUGCCAGCCCUUCCCGUGCAGCCAGCGCGGCGAGUGCGUGGAGACCAUCGGGAGCUACCGCUGCGAGUGCUACCCUGGCUUCCACGGCCCUGAGUGCGAGGACGUUGUGCAGUGCACCGAGCUUGAGCCCAAGGGAGCACGCAUGAACUGCAGCCAUCCCUAUGGAAACUUCAGCUACAACUCCACCUGCGUGUUCGGGUGCCAGGAGGGAUUCGAGCGGCAAGGGGCAGGCACUCUGCGGUGCCUGCCUUCCCAGCAGUGGUCAGCAGACACCCCCACGUGCACAGCCAUCACCUGCCCAGCACUCAGCGCUCCAGACCGAGGAGACCUGAACUGCUCCCACCUCCAUGGGGACUUCACCUUCGGCUCCACGUGUGCAUUCUCCUGCCAGACAGGAUUUGCACUGAUGGGGUCGGAGACCCACGAGUGCACGGCCACAGGGACCUGGACUGGGGAUGCCCCACGCUGUGAAGCCAUCACCUGCCCAAGGCUCAGUGCUCCAGACCGGGGAGAGCUGAACUGCUCCCACCUCCAUGGGGACUUUGCCUUCGGCUCCACGUGUGCAUUCUCCUGCCAGAUGGGGUUUGCGCUGAUGGGGCCAGAGACCCGCGAGUGCACGGCCAGAGGGACAUGGACUGGGGACAGCCCACGAUGUGAAGCCAUUGCCUGCCCAGUGCUCAGUGCUCCAGACCAAGGAAAGCUGAACUGCUCCCACCUCCAUGGGGACUUCGCCUUCGGCUCCACGUGUGCAUUCUCCUGUCAGACAGGGUUUGUGCUGAUGGGGCUGGAAAGCCGCGAGUGCAUGGCCAUGGGGACCUGGACUGGGGAUGCCCCACGCUGUGAAGCCAUCACCUGCCCAAGGCUCAGUGCUCCAGACCGGGGAGAGCUGAACUGCUCCCACCUCCAUGGGGACUUUGCCUUCGGCUCCACGUGUGCAUUCUCCUGCCAGACGGGGUUUGCGCUGAUGGGGCCAGAGACCCACGAGUGCACAGCCACAGGGACAUGGACUGGGGACAGCCCACGAUGUGAAGCCAUCACCUGCCCAAGGCUCAGUGCUCCAGACCGGGGAGAGCUGAACUGCUCCCACCUCCAUGGGGACUUCGCCUUCAGCUCCACGUGUGCCUUCUCCUGCCAGACGGGGUUUGCGCUGAUGGGGCCAGAGACCCGCGAGUGCACAGCCACAGGGACCUGGACUGGGGACGCCCCACGCUGUGAAGCCAUCACCUGUCCGAGGCUCAGUGCUCCAGACCGGGGAGAGCUGAACUGCUCCCAUCUCCAUGGGGACUUCACCUUCGGCUCCACAUGUGUCUUCUCCUGCCAGACGGGGUUUGUGCUGACAGGACUGGAGAGCCAUGAGUGCACGGCCAUGGGGACCUGGACUGGGGAUGCCCCACGAUGCAAAGCCAUCACCUGCCCAAGGCUCAGUGCUCCAGACCGGGGAGGGCUGAACUGCUCCCACCUCCAUGGGGACUUUGCCUUUGGUUCCACGUGCGCCUUCUCCUGCCAGACGGGGUUUGCGCUGAUGGGGCCAGAGACCCGCGAGUGCACAGCCACAGGGACCUGGACUGGGGACGCCCCACGCUGUGAAGCUAUUGCCUGCCCAGUGCUCAGUGCUCCAGACCGGGGAGAGCUGAACUGCUCCCACCUCCAUGGGGACUUUGCCUUUGGUUCCACGUGUGCCUUCUCCUGCCAGACAGGGUUUGCACUGAUGGGGCCAGAGACCCGCGAGUGCACGGCCAGAGGGACCUGGACUGGGGAUGCCCCACGCUGUGAAGCCAUCAAAUGCUCAGCACUGGCCAUCCCCAAGAUGGGCCAGGCUGCUUGCUCCCACCUCCAUGGGGACUUUGCCUUCGGCUCCACGUGUACCUUCUCCUGCCAGACAGGGUUUGUGCUGAUGGGGCCAGAGAGCCGCGAGUGCACGGCCACGGGGACCUGGACUGGGGACAGCCCACGAUGUGAAGCUGUCAGCUGCCCGGUGCUGGACCCCCCCAGCAGAGGCCAGCUGACCUGCUCUCACGUGCACGGGAACUUCACAUACAACUCCACAUGCACCUUUUCCUGCGAGGAGGGGUUUGUUCGGAUGGGAGCAGAGGUGCUCUGGUGUGCAGCCACAGGGAACUGGACCAGGCAUCCCCCUGUCUGUGCAGAGGACGGUGCCCCCUUCUUAAAGCAAGUCCUGGCUUACAGCAGCGGCACGGCUCUGGCGGUAGCUGGCAUCGUGCUCUCGGGGACGCUCAUUGCCUUCCUCGCCAAGCGGCUCAGCGACAGAGAGGAGAAGAAGCAGCUCCUGAACCCCACCAGUGACCUAGGAUCACCGGGCAUCUUCACCAACGCAGCAUAUGACGCCAACCUGUAAGCCUGGCUGUGACCAAAACCCACCGUGUCCCCCAGUGGGAGCUACUCCCAGGGCCUAGAGGGACUUCACGCCUCUGCCUGCAGUCCAGACCAAUGCUGCCGGGUGGAGACCGCACCCACGCUGCGUGUACACCCCCCCCCCCCCGGGGAGUGGAGCUGCCUUCCUGCACCACCCACGCAUGAAGACCUCUGAAGACCAGCCUGGGGCCGUGGGCCGCCUCUGUCGCCUGCUGCCAGCCCCUUCCCCUCACGGAGCUGCCUCCCUCCCCUUCGACGUUCCCCCGCGGCUCCCCCCACUCGUGCUUCUGGCGACGGGCUUGUGUCAGCGGGGCCUGAAUAAACGCCU